AUGAUCCUCUUUUACCGGAUUUGCAAAGUUAUUUUGCAAUACACAUUGGUUAUUAUAUGUAUUCAACCUGAAAUAUUUAAUAUAAAUGCUAUGAAAGUAAAUUUCUCAUGCAUAAACCGAACUGCUGGUUUUUAUGCCGAUACCAGUGCCAAUUGUAAGAUAUAUCAUACAUGUGACGAAUUUGGAAAUAAAUUCACCUACCAGUGUCCAGAAGAAACUGCUUUUCGACAAGAUGCUUUAAUCUGUGACCACGCUCAUCUUGUUUAUUGCAAAGAAAAUACAUCCUCUAGUACAAAAGAAUACAUUAGAGAAGAAAAGAAUAAUAACUCUUUGUGUACAAAAGAAUCGUUGAAUAAGUAUCAUACAACACAAUCGACAAAUCCAGAUAAUAAAGUAGGGUAUAGAUUUGUCUUAAAUCCAAGACAACUUCUUAAAAAUCUUAAUGAGACAGAAAGAAUUGAAACGAAAAUAAUAAAUUCGUUUUCUCCAUUCAGUUAUAUUAAUUCUUCGGCAAAUAUUUCUAUUAAUUGUUCUAUAAAUACUAAUACACAGUAUACACCUAUAGUAGACCAUCAUGAUGAGAAAGGGUUGCAAGAAAAUGAAAGCUUUCCUAUCCAGAAUCAAAGUUUUUAUUAUAAGGAUAGACUUAAUGAAAAACCAAGGAUGAACCAAAAAGGUUAUUUACAUCAAAAAAUAAAUGAUGUUUUAUAUAACUACCUAAAGGUACCUUUGAAUACAGUCACUAGAAAUGUUCAAAUUCAAGAACAUAACAUAAAAGAUGAUCAACCUACAAAGAAUCCCACUGAUUUUUUAAAGUUAUCUUCUAUAAAUUAUAGAAAUUAUCCAUAUUUAGAAACUUUAAAAUCUAUACAAAAGAAUACAAAAAUUCCUUCUACUACAAUUGGUAUUGGAACAACAAAUAUUGCAUUAGCUACUACAGAAUUACCAGUGUAUGCUUUAACAUUAUCUCUAAAACCUUUAGUACCAAGUGAACUAGAAUAUGACCCGUAUUAUCCGAAAUUUUCAACAACAACAGAAUCUUAUUACACUCCUCCAUAUGACAUUAAAGAAUGGUCUUAUAUUGGAAAUUCUACUCAAACAGUGUGGCCAACUACUCAUUUUGAACUUCCAUUGGUUUUACCAGACUUAAAUUCUUUGGAUGAUAUUGUUGAUCGUAGAAAACUACUUUACAUUCCUCGAAUUAAAUUCAAUUAA